AGUCUAGGUGCAAACGAAGUCUAUCGGGUAGUGGUCACAUUGAGCAUAUCAGAUACUAUGGAAUACGUGAUUUCCAUAAACCAGGCAAGUCAACACCAAGUAUAUAUAUAUGGACAACUGAAGCAGGCAAAAGACCCCAUCGUACUUUCUCUUUCUGAGUCGAUGCAGAUUUUUGUGAAGACUCUUACGGGCAAGACAAUUACCCUCGAGGUUGAAGCCAGCGACACGAUUGAGAAUGUGAAGGCGAAAAUACAAGAUAAGGAAGGAAUCCCGCCAGAUCAGCAGCGUUUGAUUUUCGCUGGAAAGCAAUUAGAGGAUGGUCGCACGUUGUCAGACUACAACAUUCAGAAGGAAUCCACAUUGCAUCUUGUUUUGCGGCUUCGCGGUGGCAUGCAAAUUUUUGUCAAAACGUUGACAGGUAAAACAAUAACUCUGGAAGUGGAAGCAAGUGAUACGAUUGAAAACGUGAAGGCUAAAAUCCAAGAUAAGGAAGGUAUCCCACCGGAUCAGCAACGACUGAUUUUUGCUGGCAAGCAGCUCGAGGAUGGUCGCACAUUGUCCGAUUAUAACAUCCAAAAAGAGUCUACGCUGCACCUGGUGCUCCGUUUGCGAGGUGGCAUGCAGAUUUUUGUGAAAACUCUGACCGGAAAGACUAUUACGUUGGAGGUUGAAGCUAGUGAUACUAUCGAAAACGUAAAAGCUAAGAUCCAGGAUAAGGAAGGCAUUCCACCAGACCAGCAGCGACUCAUUUUCGCAGGAAAGCAGCUUGAAGAUGGUCGUACUUUAUCUGAUUACAAUAUCCAGAAGGAAUCUACGCUUCAUUUGGUAUUGCGACUUCGCGGUGGGAUGCAGAUUUUCGUGAAGACGUUGACUGGCAAAACCAUUACUCUCGAAGUUGAAGCUAGCGAUACCAUCGAAAACGUGAAAGCUAAAAUUCAGGAUAAAGAAGGCAUCCCUCCAGAUCAACAACGGCUGAUAUUUGCUGGUAAGCAGUUGGAAGAUGGUCGCACACUUUCUGAUUACAACAUACAGAAGGAAUCUACGCUACAUCUCGUGCUCCGUCUGCGCGGUGGCAUAUUUGUUCGCACAAACCAUCGCGGAACAAAACGGUUCCGGGUGUGUUAA